AUGAAGUAUAUAUCACUUGUUUCAAUGCUUCUUAAGCCAAAUAUUAGAUACAAUUUAGAAAAUAAAGAAAGCAUUAGAUUGGCAAAUUUAAAAGCUUUUAUUGCUAUAGAGGAUGCAAAUAAGACAAAUGAAGAUGAAGACUCGGAAACAGGUUCCGAAUCAAUGAUAAAUCAGGAAGAAUGUUUUUCUGCAUUAUCAAAAGAAGCAGAAAAAGGAAUGGUUGAAAAUGAAGAAUCUGAAACAGGAUCAGAAUCAAUGAUUAUGAAUGGAAAAAAAUGUUAUACAGCAGAAGAAGGCAUUGAUGUUGACAUGACAUUUGUCAAUGAAAAAGGUAUUGAUAAUCAACAGUUAAAUACUGUUUUCCAUAAUGAAAAGGAAAACACUGAUGAAAAGACACACACAGAUCAAUCAGUUUCGCCACACAAAAGAGAAAAUCAGUCAGAUAAUGAUAUUACAAGAGAAGAAAUAUUAAUAAAUGUAUCAACAGAGCAUUUUGAAAGUCGUGUUAAUUCAAAUGAAGAUACUCUAAUGGAUGAGAAAUUAAUGAAUGCACCAACACAAUGUUACGAGAGUUGUUUAAAACCUAAUGACGACGACGAAACAGAUGAUGAAAGAUUAAUGAAUGCACCAACACAACGCUAUGAGAGUUGUUUAAAACCUAAUGAUGACGACGACGACGACGAAACAGAUGACGAAAAGCUAAUGAAUGCCCCCACCCAGUGUUAUAAUAAUCAUCCCGUUUUAGAUGAUGACAUAACAGAUGAUGAAAAAUUAAUGAAUGCACCAACACAACAGUACAGUAACUGUCCCAAUUUUGACGAUGAUAUAAACGAUGAUAAAUUAAUAAAUGAACCUAAACAAGCAUUUAAAAGUUUCGAUACUUUAAGUAAUUAUAUGACAGAUGAUGAGAAAUUAAUAAAUGCACCAACACAGAAACUAGAUACAAGUUCAGACGACAGUUCAAACGAUGAAAGCUUACUAAAAGUUCCAAAUCAAAAUAUUUUAAAUAGAGAUGCAUCAAAUAAUUAUACAAAUUUUACAUCUAAUGAUAUUUCAUUGAAUCCUUUAAAUGAAGAAACUGAGAACAUUUUUCAAAGUAUCAGCACAGAUGAAGAUUUAUUAAAUGUCGAAACUCAAGCAUAUUUAAAAGAUUUUAUAGAUAAUGGGGAAGAUGAUUUAGCAAACACCGAAAUAUCUAAUCGAGAAAAUAAAGAACUUUCAGAAGAAAAUGGUUCCAAUAUUGUUGGCAACGAAGCAGAUAGUAAAGUUGAUCAGGAUGGUAAAUACGAUGAAAUAAUUGAUGCCGAAACUGUAGCGCAUUCAUCCGAUAUAGAACCUAAUACAGAUGAUAAAUUUUCAAUAGAUAAAGAAACGUGUGAACUUGCAAAUAAAACUGAAGGUAUUGAAUCUGAAGAAAAACAGUUGGAUUCAAUAUUAAAAUCGCGUAAAAAUUUGGCAAUUAUUUCUCAGGAUUGCGAUACAAAGGAGCAGAAUUCUAGUGAUCAGAAUUUAAAAUCUUCUUUAAUAAAUAUUCAGCAAUCAAAAUUCUUAAUGGAAGAAACUCUGGCAGAUUUUUCUGUAAAUGAUAUUUUAUGCCUGUCUACGCAGCCACAGGAAAAUCAGACAGACGAUUUAGAUUACGAAAGUGAUUAUUUAGCAGAAACACAAGAAAUACAAAGUAGUAAAACUUAUUUAGAUAAUAUAGAAAAUACCAACAUGGACGAUAGUGAAAUUCCGCCCGUGCCCGACGAUUACGUUGCCGAAACACCACCACACUUGCUAGACUUAUCUGUAAGCGAAAGCGAAGACGAAAUGUUAGAAAAAUCCCAAUUACUUACCGAUUCAUCAAAUAAAUCCAAAGAUUUCGAUAAAAAUGAGAAUAUAACGGAAAGAACAGAAACUAAUAAUAGUAAUCCGGAAGAUAAUUUAAUAGAAAUUUCUAAAAUUGAAAAAUGUGAAAAUUUAGGCCGUAAAGAAGAGGAAAAAGUAUCAGUCGAAGAAAAUGUCAAGAAUAAUUCUUCUCUUGUGGAAGAGAGAAAUUAUUUAAAUAAAAAUGAAGGGUCAAAUCUUAAUGACGACAAUUUGACUGCGGAGAGAGAUUCUUUUCAAAAACUUGAGAAGAACCAAAUUGAAGAAACCAAUUACUCUUGCCUAGAACAGAGUGACACACCCAGAAAUCAAGUAACAAAACCAGAAUUAAAUAAAAGUGAUAUAUCACAAAACAACAAUUUUAUAAAAACAUUAACAAAUGAAAAAGUCAAUGCAACUUUAAUCGAAAAAAACAGUUCAGAUUUGAACAAAGUAGCGGAAAAUAAUGAAAUUGUAACAAGUGACGAAAUUCAGAAAAAAAUUGGUUUGCAAGAAACUGUAGAUAUAAAUGAAGGAACAGCUCGGUCCUUUACAAAAGAAUCGAAUAAAAAUAAAGUUGAAAAAGAAAGUAGUAAUCCUUCAAAAAUCAAUCAAAUAAUAAUUAAGGAAAAUAAUAAUUCUCAAUCAGACGCGAAAAGUAACUCCUCGAUGGCGUGGGUGGAAAAUAAACAAACAAAAUCUGCAGUAACGGAGGAGAACGAGGAUUUUUUGAAUGAAAAAAAGUAUAAGACUGCGAAUACCAGACUAAAGAGGAAGAAUAAUUUGUUAAGGAAAGAAAAGACGCCUGCGGAAAGCGAAUCGGCACAAACUAGAAAAGGUGAAAAGAAGUCUUGUCUCACCGAAGAACCUAAAUCGAGAGAAAUUGAAGAAAAUGAUGCAGCCGAAGAAACUAAACGGAACGAUUCAGUUCAGAAAAGAAAAGAACAUUUAUCAAAAGAUAAGAAGAAAAGUAUCGAAGAAAUAAAUAAUGUAAAGAAACCAAUGCAAACUAGAAACAGAAGUAAAACUGAUCAACUGCAGAAAGAAAAAGAUUCGACAAUAAAAAGAACUGUAAUUGGAAAAGAAUGCCAAAGCAUUUCGAAAAAGAAAAAUAUUAAAUUGCUGGAAAAAGAAAGUACAAUAGAAAUGCGGGAAACAAUAAUUGAAGGAAGUAAUUCUACCUUAGAUAAGAAUAAAAAUCUAAGCGAAGCAAAAUUUGACGAAUUUACAAACGAGAAAGAAGAUUUAAAUACGAGUAGUUUAAAAACUGUUAAAAACGAAGUCGUUAACGUAGAAAUUAACGAAAAAAAUAUUACUAAUAGUAGCGAGAGUAACACUAAUACAGAACAAAUUGAUGACUUACAGCAGAGUCAUAAAGCUAUUAGCGACUCGCCCGGUCUCAAAUUAGAAAUUUGUGUAGGAAAAUUGAAAGAAAUAUCUAAAAAACAAACGUCUUUGCCUUUAAAAGAAGAAAAUAUCGUCGAUAAAGAAGCCACUUCUCGCGAAAAUAAAAAGCCUUCCAGAAAACAGAAACGUACGUCUAAAAUAGCCAAAAAAGUAGAAGAAAGACGGCAGAGCCCGAGGAAAAGAAAAUUAAUUAAAGGCAAUGCAGAAAAUACUAACGAAACAGAUCUAACAAUUGCACAUUCGUCCGUAACGGAAAGAGAAAAGAGAAAGUCGCCCAAAAUAGCAAAAACUGAAAACAAAAUAGGUUCUUUACGCAAAGAGUCUGAUAAAACCAAAUUGAAAACAGAUGACGACCACGACACCAAUUGUACCGUAACUUCAAAGAAAACGAGGAAGAAAAUAUCGGUAAAAAACAAUUUAGAUUGGAGUAGUUCGGCCAAAUCGGAAAGUUCUUCGUUCGAAGAUAGUCUUAACCAAUGCACUCCACUCAGAAAAAGCGAAAGAGGCCAAAAGAAGAAGGAACAUCCCGAAUACGAAGUGUAUCCAAUGAAAAAAGCCACAAGGUCCGGUUCGGCCGAUUGUACUCCUCCAGAAAAACUUUUCAGUAAAUUACAAAAAGGGAAAGACGAAUCUACAAAUAACAGAAGGACUAGAUGUAGAUCAUCAAUUACAGAAAUAAAAAAUUUAGAGAAAUCUCCAGAAACAGCGUUAGAAUUUAGUGAUCGGGACGAGUAUUUAUCGAACGGCGACUCGUCUAAAAAUUCGCCACUAAAAACUAAAUGCAAACAAACAAUUCCAACGUUAGACCAGGAUAACGUAAUGAGUAUUUCAACAAGAAAAAGGAAAGCGAAAAGUGAAAGGGCAGUUUUGGUCGACACAUCACCCAAACUUACGAAACGUCGCUCUUUAAGUAAUUGCAGCAGUUCCUCGCCUUCUGCAAACAAACAAACGUCUGGAAACACCAGAAAGCAGAAUCGAAAUAAUUCGUCAAAAAUAAAAUCGAAAAAAAGUAAAUUUAAAAUUAUGUUCACCGGAAUGAACGAAAGCGAAAUUCAAAAGAUUGUUACGAAGCUGGGUGGCGAAAUAGUCGACGAUCCAAAACUAUGCACGCAUCUAGUGACCGACAAGUUUCACAGAACCGUGAAGAUGAUGUGUUGCGUAGCGAAAGGUAUACCGGUGGUGGUAAGCGAAUGGCUUCACCGGUGCGAGAGUAACGAUACGUUCGUGGAUCACGCCGAGUACUUGCUGAAAGACUCCGCGGCGGAGAAACAAUAUAAAUUUAAUUUGAAGGAAACCUUAGAUAAUGCCCAACGAAUGCCCCUGUUAAAAGGUUGGAGCAUUCACGUUACAAAUAAAGUAAAACCCGUACCGGAGCAAAUGAAAGAUAUAAUAGAAUUUGCGGGAGGAAAGUACCUGUCUCGAAUGCCGACCAGAUUCUCGGACCGCCUGCUGAUCGUCUCCUGUCCGGAAGACCUGAAGACCUGCGCACACGCGGCCAAGUGCGGCAUUCCGGUGGUGGGCACCGAAUACCUGUUGACCGGAUUACUCAGACACCGGAACGAGGUGGAAGCUUAUCGCCUGCCGGCCUGACCUCUCGGAUCCGACUUCGUUUUCUACGUCCUUCGUGGGUCCGGAACAAUUUGUAAAAAGUGUCGCCGUUUAUUUUUUUAAUAAAACGUUCGUUUUGUC